AUGAGCCAUAGAGCCGCCUGUGGAGAAGGUAGUACCCAGGAAGAGUGUCCCCACAAGGAAGCAGAAUAUAGUGAUAUCUCACCCCAUCACCCCCCCCACAUUGCAGAGGUUGUGAGCGACGUGUUCGGGUCGAGCAAGUAUUCUCCGCUGGUUCCUCAGACGCCGGAGGUCGAGAACGGGGCCGCGGGCAAAAAUGCUGCGAAGGGAACCAAUGGGGCGAAAAGCAACAGCAGCAUGGGACAGGAGGCUCUGCUUGCUCUCUUGGAGGCCCGCGUCACAGACCUCUGCGCUCAGCUGGAUACUAUUAACCCGGAAUUAAGAGAUUCGAUAUUUAUGAACUGCGAACAAGCUCGAUCCGCGCGCCUCAAGGAGGAAAAGCGCCAAGAAACGGAGAUGCGCCGAGCCGAGAGGAAACAGCGCCAUCUGGAGAGAGCUCUUGCAGAUCCCCCUCCAAAGCCCCUAUAAAAUUCACCAUUAUGAGCUGGAAUGUCAUUGAACAUGAUAAAGUGGCGGAAAAAUACUAUCUGCAUUGACCUUUCAAUGCUUCUUGAACGUUUUUUUUCUCUUUGGGAUUGUUGACAAUUGUAUGGCACCAUUAUAAGACCAUCUAUCAAUAUUCCAAGAAAUGAAAGAAAUAGAAUUAAUUUGCUGAAAGAAAGGAACUUCAUGAAGUGGAAAGAAAAGGAAAAGGAUAGCAACAGGGUAUGACCACGAGAGACCAAACGGAGAAUGUUGCAGAAUGUUGCUCUCUCCUUGUCCUUCACAAUAUCAGCUUAGAAUGUCCAGAUAUAGUUCCCAUACAAAUCUGAAAUUCAUUGAUAAAUAAAUAUGAUUGCAUUUGACUGCAGACAACGAUGCUGUAGCAGAUGUUGGUACAUUCUUCACUGUGUGAAUUAUUAGUCACACUACUCCAUCAAUCAUACUGUAUUACUGACCACACUUCCUACAUAUAUUUAAGGGGGGGGGGGGAAAGAAUAUAUAAUUGAUCAAUUGUACAUCGACUGAAUGUAUGUAGGUCAAAUUAAAGGGUUAGUGCCGUGGAGGGUAAUUUACUAUAUGCACCCUUUACCACCAUCCAUCACAAAAAUCCCUUUUGGUGAGCCCCAGGCACUAUCUUGACUUUCUCAUAUUUUAAUAUGACAUAUUUUAAUUUGUUGAAAUUUUUCUGCUGCAUCAACAUCUAUGGUCAUUAGCAGUGUACAGUGAUACGGCAAGGCUUGGGAGCAUUAUGACAAAGUAUUGAGGUAAAAAUGUAAAAACUGAAUGAACAAUUAGGACAAAAUAUGUAAGAUAAGGGCUGUAGAGCGCACUGUAGGUUAGUAUGGUAGUGAAAGUUGUGAAGAGGAAAUAGCAAACUGAGUACAAAAGCUGUUCAGGACUGACACAAAGCCAGCCUUUCAUUCCUUCAGUAUGGUUCUCACACUUUAGGAUGUAAACAGAAGAAGGGGAUGAAGAAGAGAAGGAAAAGACAGGUGGAGAGGAAAAGAUCAUGCAUAAAUUAGUUGAGGUGAGGAUGGAGGUCCAAGGCAGGGGUGAUCCUCUACAUUAGGCUUCAGUCCCCAUCUCUGUAGCCCCCCAUGACAACAACGGGCAUGGUAUUUGGGUAGGUGUUGGUCAUGGUUAAUGGUUAAUAGUUAAUGGUUAAAAGCAAAAUAAAUGUGCUAGACAUCUAAGGUCACAUAGCAUUAUAGGAAGGUAUAGUAAAGGGUGAUGUCAGGUGAUGGU